CCUAAACUCAAGAGUCCUGCCAUUUCUGGGUUUUGAGAUUCUACAGAUCCUCCGCAAGACCAUCAACUGUCUUCUUCUCCUCAACAUCCCAACAACUCGUCUGCCAUAUCCCUUUAUUUGUCGACUUCCAUUACUCGGUUCUGCAGCGUUCUCCCUCUCCUCUCUCAACACCUUAUCGUUCCCGUUGCCUUGGAUCCAUUCCCUCAAGUAAUUUCCAUAAAAUGUCUUCUCCUCUCAAUGCGGUAUGGUUGUCCUCCAAAUACCCCUAAAUCCGGCUUGCUACAACAAACCUUCCUCUCUACCACCAUUCUUCAGUCUUGAUUGUCCAGCAUCCUUUUGUCCUGCAUUACUGACAGAAUGUCCUUUGCCCCGUCUCAGACUCGGAGGAAGAAGAAUGUCAAGAAGGGUAUUCAGUUCGUUUUGAUGGUCGUGGGCGCAUCUGGAACAGGUCGGACUACAUUCGUCAAUACUCUCUGCGGCCGACGAGUUCUCCAACCCAAGGAUGACGAUGAUGCUGCCAGCGCCCACCUAGAGGAAGGUAUCAGGAUCAAGCCAGUCACAGUCGAGCUCGAAAUCGAUGAUGAGGGUACCCGUGUCUCUCUGACCAUCGUCGAUACCCCUGGCUUCGGUGACCAAAUCGAUAACGAAUCAUGCUUCAGCGAGAUUGUCGGCUACCUUGAACGCCAGUACGAUGACAUUCUCGCUGAGGAGUCUCGAAUCAAGAGAAACCCCAGAUUCCGUGACAACCGUGUCCAUGUCCUCCUCUACUUCAUUACCCCCACCGGUCACGGCCUCCGAGAACUCGAUAUUGAAUUGAUGAGACGUCUCUCUCCUCGCGCAAACGUCAUUCCCGUCAUCGGCAAGGCUGAUGCACUCACCCCUGCAGAAUUGGCAGAGUCGAAGAAGUUGAUCAUGGAAGAUAUUGAGCACUAUCGCAUUCCCGUUUACAAUUUCCCCUACGACGUCGAAGAGGAUGACGAAGAUACUGUGGAAGAGAAUGCCGAACUACGAGGAUUGAUGCCUUUUGCCAUUGUCGGUUCUGAGGAGGUCCUCGAGGUCAAUGGCCGCCGCGUGCGAGCUCGACAAUACCCCUGGGGUGUCGUCGAAGUUGACAAUCCCCGACACUCAGACUUCCUAGCCAUCCGUUCCGCGCUGUUGCAUUCCCACUUGGCCGAUCUCAAGGAAAUUACACACGACUUUUUGUAUGAAAAUUACCGAACCGAGAAACUCAGCAAGAGUGUUGACGGAGGUGUCUCUGGACAAGACUCGUCCAUCAACCCAGAGGAUCUCGCCAACCAAUCUGUUCGUCUCAAGGAGGAGCAACUGCGCCGUGAAGAGGAGAAGCUUCGUGAGAUUGAAGUUAAGGUCCAACGUGAGAUCAACGAGAAACGACAAGAACUUCUGGCCCGAGAGAGCCAACUGCGCGAGAUUGAAGCUCGUAUGCAGCGAGAGCAGAGCCAUGGACUGGAUGAGCCCAACGGCCACGGACACCAACAAGACUAAGUGUGUGUAGUGACUGGACAAAAAGGUGACCUUUGUCCUUUGCAACUACAUGCAGGCAUGUCUUGCAGAGGCCACAACAGCAGGAGGGAAUUAUGAUGAUGGUUGACACUGGUCUGACGGACUUGAGGCCCAUGCGUGCCGUAUGAGGAUCUGAUGUUUGCAAUCAGUGUGACCAUGUCUAGGGGGUAGUCUUUUCGUGAUUGAAGCAGAUGGCUUGCAGAAGCUUGACGGACAUUAUGCAGUUAAAAGUAGCGACCUUUUCUAAUUGGUGAUGAGGGGUGAUGACCAAUCUCGACAAGACACAAUCUUUUGAUUCUGCGCUUUUUGUCUUCCAUAUCUAACCAGGACAUGAAUGCUGGCUGGUAGAUGUGACGAGCAC